AUGGCCGGACCAUUCGUUGGCCCGCCAACGACGCAGACACCCACGGUGUCGGUAGCAGGAGUUGGUGCCGGAUUGCUGAACAAGUUGGACCGUCUAGCCGGGUCGACCGUGCUGCAUGAGGCUCGCGUUUAUCCGGUAACCGUACCGUCGGUCAGAUAUCGGCCUUCGAGCGGCUUUAACAAUGGGUCCGAAAUGAGCUCAUCAAUGCCCGCCGCAACCUCACCCACCGUCCUGACGACCGUCGUACAGACGGAUGAUUUCGUCGUCCUGCCAGGGCCAGAGGAUGUGCUGCUGCUCAACACGACCACUGGACUGUACCAGCAAUCGGUGACGCUAACCGCACGAAUGUAUCCGAUUGAGGCCACCGCGGCAAAGUCGAUCUGGGGCCUACCGACGCUGAUCUGGGGUAUAUUGAUCGGAACGGUCGUGAUACUGAUACUGAUCCUAGCGACACUGUUCUUCUGCUGCUGGGUACAGCCACGGACGCGCAAACUGCUCAACUCGAGCUACUACACAACCACCGCCAAUAACGGACACGCUUCCCAGAGCUCGAUUGUUGCCAAAUCGUGUACCAGCAGCGACUCGAACCAACUAGUGAUGCCCCUCUCGAUCGGCAUCUGCCCACCACAGUACAGUGCCCCUCCGCCGCCCUCCAACAGCACGACCACCAACACCCCGCAGCACACCGCCGCUAGUGGUAGCAACAGUUCGCUACACCAUGCUUCCCAUCCCGCUGGCGGUUGUGCCCAUCAUACCUGCAGCACCGUCACACACGCCCCGAACCAGCAGUGCACCAUGGCAUCCGGUGGGCAGGACUAUAGCCACGUAAAGUAUGGCAGUUCGCCACAGCAGUACGCUUCCCAGCAGUACGCACAUCAUCACCAUCAUGCGCAACAACAGCAGCAGCAGCAGCACCAUCAACACCAAUGCAUACAUUACCAGCAACAGCAGCAACAAUACAAUCAGCAGCAUCAUCAUCAUCAACAGCAGCAGCAGCAACAACAGCAACAGCAGCACGUACAGCUACACAGCCAUCACGUGCACGGACAGCAGCAGUACAGCCCGUAUAAUCAGCAUCAGUACUAUCAUCAUCCUUCAACGCAACAGCAACAACAACAACAACAGUACCUUCACUAUCAACAACAUCAGCAGCAACAUCAUCAACAGCAAAGGGAGCAUCAUCACCAACACCAUCAACAGCAACAGUUGCAACAUCAGCAUCACCAAUCCUCCUCAGGGCAUAACCGUCAGUCGCCGCAAAGUCAACUGGUGCACACACAGCUGCACAAGUCGAUGUGGGCAAUCAAUCCACUAUACGCUUCCAGUGGAGUGAUCGACGAUGACAACGAUGGUGACACAAAUACCACCUACCGGACACGCUCCUUACCAUCGUGGGGUAAAAACAAACAGCGCCCACUAUCGAAUGCGGACGAUCUGGAGGAGCUGUACGCAAAGGUGAACUUUAGUAAAAAACGACGCAACCGGAUGCGCAACGAUGAGGCCGCCAUUAUUGCCCUGUGCCGGUCACGGUCGCAAAAUCUAGCCGCACUGCCGCUCGCCACCGAUCAGGAUGCAGUGGUCGUGUACGACGAACGGACGGCGCUCUAG